AUGUGGGAUGUCACCUCCUGCUGUUAUGGGGGAGUAUCCCGAGGGAAGAUGCUCUCCCAGACCCCCCAGGCUGGACCCUGCCACCCCCAUGGCUCCCCUGGCCUUGGUGGGGGUCGCACUCCUCCCCCGGCCAACGACAGCGACGCCAGUGCGGGGGGCUGCGAGGGCUCCUACCGUUGCCAGCCGGGGGUCCUGCUGCCCGUGUGGGAGCCGGACGACCCGUCGCUGGGCGACAAGGCGGCACGGGCAGUGGUCUACUUUGUGGCCAUGGUCUACAUGUUUCUGGGCGUGUCCAUCAUCGCCGACCGCUUUAUGGCGGCCAUCGAGGUCAUCACGUCAAAGGAGAAGGAGAUCACCAUCACCAAGGCCAACGGCGAGACCAGCGUGGGCACCGUGCGUAUCUGGAACGAGACGGUGUCCAACCUCACGCUCAUGGCGCUGGGCUCCUCAGCACCCGAGAUCCUGCUGUCGGUCAUCGAGGUCUGUGGCCACAACUUCCAGGCCGGGGAGCUGGGCCCGGGCACCAUCGUGGGCAGCGCGGCCUUCAACAUGUUCGUGGUCAUCGCCGUGUGCAUUUACGUCAUCCCGGCCGGCGAAAGCCGCAAGAUCAAGCACCUGCGAGUCUUCUUUGUCACUGCCUCCUGGAGCAUCUUCGCCUACGUCUGGCUGUAUCUCAUCCUGGCUGUCUUUUCGCCAGGGGUGGUCCAGGUGAGCAGGGACCCGAGGGUGUCUUCUCGGUGCAUGUGUGGUCUGCGCAUUGGCAGAAGUGCACGCUCCCAUCAGAGAGGGCCACCAGGUGUGGUGGUGUGGGUGCCACGCUGCACAAGGGGAUUGAGCCCGAGAGGGCAAGCCCUGCUGCAGGGACUGGAGUGCCGCUGGCGCACCCCAGCGUGGCCUCCAGAAGGAGCAGCAAGCCGGCGUCUGUGCGGGGGCGCCCUGGGCACACAAGUCUACGCGUUAAACCCUCCCAAGAGCGCUGUGGGUGCUCCCUGUGAUCUGUGUCAUGUGGGCCAG